AUGGCGCUAUUCCUUCCAGUUCUCCGCCUAUUGAUGCUGUUCCUGAAUGUAUAUGACUCUUAUAAGACACUGAAAGAUCCACCACCGUCGUCACGCCAUUCUGGGCGUCCAAGUGUACGUGCAGUGUCGCAAAGAAAGAGGGACAUGAAAGGAUGUUUGGCCGUAUGGAUUGUAUGGGCCUCUCUUUCUAUCUACGAACGAACGGUGGAAUCUCUUAUUUGCCUAUUUAUACCAUUUUACGACGAAAUCAAGAGCCUGGUCCUGUUAUUUCUUAUCUUGACUCGUGCAAGAGGAGCAGAACCCAUAUAUUUGCAUCUCAUUCGACCACUCAUUAAACCAUACACAGGGACCCUCGAUGCUACUUUAGAACUCGCGCUGAUGAUCGGUGACUUCAUCUUUGCGUUAUCCACCUAUCCUAUUCGCGUUGCACUGGAUUGGUAUAAGAAGUUUUUCGGUUCGUACAGCGCCCUUCUUGUGACUGAGGAAACAGAAUCAGAGUCCAGUCCCUCAUCCAAUGACGUCAAUACCUCUGAAGUAGCGACAUCGUUCCUCGAUACCUCUGGCAUUGUUCCAGUGCCCUCCGAUAUUGAUAUACCACAAUUACCCAAGACGAGCGUUCAAGUGAAGACUAGGAUGCAGCCUCCAAGUCGACGCACGUCUGGUGAUGCCACCGCGUCUCGACAAACCUCCAGCAAACAAUCUUCCACGAGAAAACGGUCAGAAGUGGCGACCAAUGCCAAUUUAGAACCAAAUUUCUUUGACUCCAAGAAAGCUCGAGAUCCUCUCAAUCUUCGUUCAGGCUCUUCCUCCGAAAAGGUUGCGAAGCCACCUUUACAUCAUAGAUCUUCUGGUAGCCCUAAUCGCCCAGCUUCGAAAGCAUCCAAGCAUACAAGGGAAUCCGCCGAAGGAUCAUCAUCCCUCCAUCAAAUUUGGUAUCCACCGAGUUCUUCUUACGAGGACGAAGAUCGGCACGUUCACGCUGAUCAGACGAUUCGAGCAAAACCAGUGGAACAAGAUCCCCUUUUGACCCUCGAAUAUCAACAAUAUGAAGAAUGGCGACAAUAUCCUGCAUUUCCGUCAGCUUAUCCCCCGACACCGCUUGCCACUACCUCAGCGCUCGCGACUAUCUCAGUCGCUGCACCUUUGAACCUUCACCCAACUAUUGCCGAAGAAACCCAGCAGGAUUUUCGCCAGUCGCUCCUGCCGCCGCGUGAACCAUUGAAUCCCAAUCACGCCGGCGACUUGAGCGACAGACACAGUAUAUAUGGGAUCACAUCUCCUGACGUUGAUGAUGCAGAUGAUAGCAUGUCAACUGACGAUGAAGAUGGCUAUGAAGAUGAGGAUGAGUUUAACAUCACCCUUCGGACACCACUUCCACCUUUUGGGUCGCUGAGGUCGCAAAUUCAGCCUCGCCGAUUGGUUUCUUUACCUUCAACUUCUUCAGCGCUGAGCGUGCCGAGUAGGUCAUCAGCACUGACAACAGCCGAUAAUGGAUCAUCACUGCCUUUGGGAACAUCCUCCGACUCCUCUGCCCCCAAACCUAGUCUCAGUCCUUCCGUUAUUGGCAAGAAAAGGUCGUACCCGCGCUCAAAAAUGCCUCUUAUCAGUAACAGAGUUCGCCAAAUCGAGGAUGAGACAUCGCAAGACCCGUCUUCCUCCGAUCAUGAUUUACAGGACGUUACUACUACGUUGAAAAACGUGGUUCGCAAGUCCUCUUCUAGUCUAUUAAAACUUACCGAUGAAAGCGCUGCAGCAUCGCCUAGUAGCCUCAGCGCCGCAGAGUUGCAAAAUCAGGAACCACAAGACCAAAUACCUCCUGAAGAAAAGAGGCGUAAAAUUGUGCGAUCUGUGCGACCUACAAGGGCUAUCCACCCUUCUCGGCCUGUUCGACCUCGAGUUCCUCGGAUCACUCCUCUGCCCCCACACUCGAAAAAAGGCAAAGCUGCAGUGUUACCUGGAGCAACCAUCAACAGUGUCCCGAUCCCCUCAUUCCCCGGGUCAAAUGUUGAUAAGGUCAAAGAAAAUGAUGCCUCUCUCAGCGCAUCGUCAGCUUCUGUUAGUGAUGCCCCUCGACCUCGUAUUCCUAGUAGACCUCCCAAGCGGGCCUCCGUGCGCAAGCUUUGA